UUACAAUCGGACCAGGCCAUGUGAGUCAUGAUGACGCUAGAGGGUCUCUGUAUAAAUAACUUCAUCUUUGUUAUAGUUCUGCCCAGACCUCAGAGGGGAUAGAAGAGACUCACAUGAGACACGGUUCUGCAGUUUGGCUUUCACCGGGAACUUCACAAAAAAAUGGAGCGCCUGGAAAACUCCACAACAGCAACUGAGCGUCUCUUCUCACACACUGGGAGCGCGGCGGAGUCCAAGGCCGCCAAACUGGGCGACGGGAACGCAUACCUGUACGUACUGAUAGUCAUGUCUUUCUACGGAGUGUUCCUCUGCGGUAUCAUGCUGGGCUACUUCCGCUCCAAGAGGAGGGAGAAGAGGAGGAUCAACAUCUUCACGCGCCUGGUGCACGAGGAGGAGCAGAGGGAGUGGGGCGCUCUGCCCGAGAAGCACAGCGUCAGCUUCUCGUCUACAGUAUCGGGGCUUCGCGUUGUGCAGGUUUCCUUGCCGUUCUGUGGUAACCAUGGCAACCUCUCCGGAGCCCUACGUCACGAGGGCUUUCUGCCGUCUCCGCUGGCGUGCGCGCUGUGCGCAGAGCAAAGCAGCGUUAGCUCCCUGUGCUCCUCCGCGGAUACGCGCCUGACCAUUGAGGAGGAGGAGGUCGAUACCGGGGCGGCGGAAGGACAGAAGGGGAACCUGAAGGCUGAACAAGCGGAGCACAGCGGAGACGAUUCAGGCUGAGCUUUACCGUGACAAAUAAAUAAAUAAAUAAAACUACAAGAUAAAAGAUGAGAAAACUGCUUGAGGGAUACCCAAAAUGGCCUCAAAAGCUCUAUUAUUGGGGCCCCAACGGGGACAGUCGGCAGCUUUGAAGCCCUAAGUUUGUUAGUGCAACUCCACAAACAUCAUCCGUGUCAUAGUAUGGAGGAGUGUAGACAUUGUAGAUCCACACAUUAUUAUUUUUUGUUUGUUGCAUGUACCUAACGACGCUUCUUUCAGCUUUAUGACAAGUUCAUCACAAUGCAGACCUUAGCAUUCACAGGUCAUAUAAGCUGCACAUUUCUCUAAAUGUCAACUCACCUCUACCUUUGGUUCAAACAGUUGUUUGCUGCCCUGUUAAAUGCAGCUUUUCUUUCUAGAACUCAGAGCUGAUUCAGAUUAGAGUUGUAUUCUACUGUGUGGGAAUGAAUUUGGCUCUCUCUCUCACACACACACACACACACACACACACACACACACACACACACCUGUCCCUGCUGCUGCUGCUGCUGCUGCCACCUCGCUGGUUUGGCCUGAUGACUCAUCCUGCAGGAGGCUUGAAUGGAAGACUGGUUUUGUGUUUUGCUCUUAAGCAGAACUUGACUUCAAGUACUGAAACAUACCUGGAACCCACUUGAAAGGUUGUCUGAAAUAAAAGGAGUUUGUUGUAGCUUCAUGGUGGACAAAUAUCUGUUCACAAACAAGCAAUAGAUUAGGUUUACUUGAUAAAAACAAUGCACUGUAGGGUAUAUGAACGUGUGUUAUUGUCACCUUUACAUUUUCAAGUUAAAAUGGAGACUUUGGAGUGUUAAAAGAAACAAUAAAUGCAUUUAAAAUGUGA